CUCGAAUCUCCUAAUCGAGCUCUGCCAUCUCUCUGUCUCUCUCUCUGCCUUUGUAGAGAGAUAAACCACUGUUCAGAGGUAUCGGAUCUUGUCUUCUCAGGCAUCCUCUGCAGGUUGGUAGAGAAUAGACAUACGAACAUAGUGUAACCAGUCAUGGGAUCCGGAAAGGAAAUUGUUGAUCUUUCGGAUUCUAUUGUAUCAGAAAGGGAAAAUUUCUACCUUUCUGGACCUCUGCACCUGACGACAGUCGAUUGGUCGAAUCCCGACCACCGGAGGUCGAUCUCUGCCUGCCUUGUCCAGUCCGUCUACAUCCUUGAACGCGACCGUCAAGCAAACCGGGCCGGGCCCCACGCCCUCGCCCCUCCUUGGUUCGAAACCUUCGGCUUCCAACUGUACCGCCAGCUCAUCGACAACACCGACUCCUCCAUAUUCGGCGCCAUCUUCCGCCUCCCCGACCACCACCCCCCGGCCCCCCGCCACGUCAUUGCCUUCCGCGGCACCAUCACCAAAGGGAACGCGUUCACGCGCGACCUCGAGCUCGACAUCCACGUCGUCAGAAAUGGGCUCCACCAAACGUCUCGUUUCGAGACCGCCAUACAAGCCGUCCGCCACGUCAUCGCGACUUUCGGAAGCUCAUCAGGCGUAUGGCUCGCCGGCCACUCCUUGGGGGCCGCCAUGGCGCUUCUCGCCGGAAAAAACACGGCCAAGACCGGAACUUUCCUCGACUCCUUCCUUUUCAACCCUCCCUUCUUUUCGGCACCGAUCGAAACCAUCAAGGACAAAAAGGUGAAGCACGGGAUACGUUUCGCCGGGAGCGUGAUCACAGCCGGGCUAGCGUUCGCGAUGAAAAACAACAUAAUCAAUACGAAUCAUAAUAAUAAUGGUAAUAAUCGUAAUAAUAAUAGUUUCGAGGCUUUGGUCGGGUGGUUUCCGGGGCUUUUUGUGAACUCGUCGGACCAUAUAUGUUCGGAGUAUGUUGGGUAUUUCGAGCAUAGGGAAAGGAUGGAGGAGAUUGGGGUUGGGAAUAUCGAGCGGCUGGCGACACAGCACUCAAUCGGGGGAUUGCUGUUGAGUGCGGUGGGGAAAAGGCCAGUGGAGGAGCCUCUGCAUUUGUUGCCGUCGGCUAUUUUGUCGGUUAACCGGAAUCCGGCGAGGGACUUUAAGGAUGCACAUGGGAUUCAUCAGUGGUGGAGGGAGGGCCUGUGCUUGGAGACCAAAAGGUACAGCUUUAGAUGACAAGAGAUUAUGAAAUACGAAGUGGUGCUAAUUGUUUUUUCUUUUUUCUUUUCUUUUCUUGUUUUGGGGUUGAGAUUUGGGGUUGGGAUUUGGAAUUGUUGUGUCAUGUGUGCAUGUAUUGGUUAUGAUUGAGUGUGAAUUUGAGGACUUUUAUCACCUGUGAUGUAUUGGGCUUUGGUGUUGGGAAGGCCCAAUCAAGUAAUGGUAGAUGCAUAAGCCCAUUUUGAAAACCUGUGUAUUGGUGAAUUCAACAAUGCACUGGUAUUCAUUUUGGAAUAAAGAGUACAUAGAAAAAGAAGAGUCCGUGCUUUGUAGUGGUGAUUGGCCAUAUAAAUUAUUUUUUACAC